AUGAAAGUCUCAGCGCUGAUUGGCGCCAUUGGGCUAGCCGCUCUGCCUGGUGCAGUCGCAGAACAAAGCAAAUUCGAAAGAGACAGUGCUCAGCUUGCGGCCGAUGUUAUUCGUCGUGCUCUCCCCAAUGCCCCUAACGGAUACACACCAACCAAUGUGACCUGCCCUUCAAGCAAACCAUCGAUUCGAAGUGCUGCCAAGCUCUCGCCAAAUGAGACCUCAUGGCUUGAGAUCCGACGUAACAAGACCCUUACGCCUAUGAAAGAAUUUUUCAACCAUGUUUCCGUCGGAGGAUACGAUGUCGGCUCGUACAUUGAUAAACACUCGUCGAACAUUUCGAAUAUCCCCAACAUCGCCAUUGCUGUGUCGGGUGGUGGGUACCGUGCGAUGCUCAACGGUGCCGGUGCUCUCAAGGCUUAUGAUAGUCGAGUUACAAAUGCCACUACCACCGGCCACUUGGGUGGACUGCUGCAGUCAUCUACCUAUGUUGCUGGUCUGAGUGGUGGCAGUUGGUUGGUUGGCUCCAUCUUUAUAAAUAACUUUACUUCAGUUGCGGAUCUGCAGACAUACUCUUCUGGGGAGGUUUGGCAACUUGGAAACAACGUCUUCGAAGGCCCAGAUACUGGUGGUAUCCAGCUGCUAGAUUCUGCGGACUAUUAUAAGAACCUGGCUGAAGCAAUUGAGGAUAAGAGAGACGCUGGUUUCGAUGUCUCCAUUACUGACGUUUGGGGUCGUUCUCUGGCCUUUCAGAUGUUUAAUGCCACUGAAGGUGGAAUCGACUACACCUGGUCAUCUAUCGCUGAAACCCAAGACUUCAAGGAUGGUAACUACCCAAUGCCACUGGUUGUUACCGACAGCCGUUACCCAGGCCAAGUUCUCGCAUCCUUGAACGCGACUAUCUUCGAGUUCAACCCUUGGGAAUUUGGAUCAUUCGAUCCUACAGUCUAUGGAUUUGCUCCCCUGGAAUAUCUUGGCUCUCACUUUGAGAACGGCUCAGUCCCCAGCAAUGGGACCUGUGUUCGUGGGUAUGAUAAUGCCGGUUUCGUCAUUGGAUCAUCUGCUACCCUCUUCAACGAGGUCAUAACGGAGCUGGGAAGUAACUCCUCGACGAUUACCGCCUGGGCAGAAGAUAUUCUCAAGGAUCUCUUUGAUUCGAUCGACAGCACCGACAAGGAUAUCGCUGAGUACAACCCCAACCCAUUCUACGGAUACAACCCAGAUUCCUCGCCCUUUGCCAACGAAGAAACCCUGAACAUCUGCGAUGGUGGAGAGGAUGGAGAGAACGUUCCCCUUCACCCGCUCAUCCAGCCCGAGCGCGCAGUUGACAUCAUCUUCGCCUACGAUGCCUCUGCGGAUACCGACAAUAACUGGCCCAAUGGAACCUCUCUUGUGGCUACCUACGAGCGCAGCUUGAACAGCAGUGGAAUUGCAAACGGCACCGCAUUCCCAGCCAUCCCAGAUCAGAACACCUUUGUCAACCUGGGCCUGAACACCCGACCCACCUUCUUCGGCUGCAACAGCUCAAACAUUACAGGUCCUGCGCCUAUCGUCGUGUACCUCCCCAACUACCCCUACACUUCUCAAUCCAACACAUCGACAUACCAGAUGACCUACGAGGAUUGGCAGCGUGACAACAUCAUCACAAACGCCUACGAGGUCGUCACCAUGGGUAACGGUACCCGUGAUGGUAACUUUACUGCCUGUGUUGGCUGUGCCAUUCUGAGCCGUUCUUUUGAGCGCACCGGUACCGAUCUCCCUGAUAUCUGUGACCAGUGCUUCACAAACUACUGCUGGAACGGAACCACCAACGCCACUGAUCCCGUCGCCUACGCUCCAGCUGACUUGAUGGCAUCCUCGGAUGCUAGCUUCACCAUGAUGCCUACCAUCUUGUCUUCUGUGGUGGCAUUUGGUGUGGCUAUUUUCGCCCUGGCAUAA